UCAGCCCGGCUAGUGUUCUUUCCAAGGACAUUUGACCAUAUGUCUGUAUCACAGACAUUGAGACCUUCUGCCUUUGUUUGACCAUCAGUUAUGUGUGCCAGCUCCUGACCGACGAUAUAUGAAGAGGAAAAUAAUCGGAAUACACAUAUAAUUUAUGUUAUAUGCCUGGGUGCCAUGGCUGCUGAUUUUGAUGUGGUGAACCUGUUUGUAAUUGCUGCUGCAACACUGGCUAUUCCUAUUGUGGCUUUUGGUGCAUCCUUUCUUCUUUGGCCCUCAGUACUCAUUAGAGUAUACCACUGGUACUGGAGACGGACUCUGGGCCUUCAGGUGCGCUACGCAGACUGCGGCGGCUACCGCUUCUGUUACUCCUGCAGGGGCAAGCCGGGAAUGAGGCCCUCUAUCCUCCUGCUGCAUAAUUUCUCUGCUCACAAAGACACCUGGCUCACCGUUGUCAAGUAUCUACCCAAACAUCUGCACAUCCUGUGUGUGGACAUGCCUGGGCAUGAGGGGACAACCAGAACCAAUAAAGACGAUUAUUCGAUUCAAGGACAGGCCAGACGGAUCCGUCAGUUCGUAGAGGCCAUCCGCUUGAACAGGAAGCCCUUUCAUUUGGUGGGAGCCUCGAUGGGGGGCAGUGUGGCGGGGGUCUAUGCAGCCUGCUAUCCCUUAGAUAUCUGUAGCAUGACACUAAUUUGUCCAGAUGGUAUAAAACAUUUAUCUGAGACCAAAUUCGACAACCAUCUACAAGACCUCCAGCACAACCAGUAUACACUAAGCAUCCCACUGAUUCCAACCACACCGGAGGAGAUGCAAGACAUGUUGAAACUCUGCUCCCAUGUUCGCUUCAAGAUCCCUCAGCAGAUUCUUCAAGGUCUGGUAGAUGUUCGGCUUCCGCACAAUGAAUUUUAUGAAGAAGUUUUCAUGGAACUCAUCAGCGAAAGAUCAAGAUAUGCCUUACAAGAGCACUUGCAUCUGAUUUUUACACCUCUACAAAUAAUAUGGGGCAAAAAGGACCAGGUGGUGGAUGUCUCUGGUGCUGCGAUCAUUGAAGAACAUAUACCUGGGUGCAGAGUGGACCUGCUGGAGAACUGUGGCCACUCGGUGGUAAUGGAAAAGCCCAGACAAACAGCAAAACUCAUAUUAGAGUUCAUCAUCGCAAAGCAAAAUACCACCAAGAAGUCAUCGUGAAACAUCAAAUAUAUAUCAAAUUAUUUUAUUUAUUUGCCAGAUUUAUAUUAGGCCUAGAUAAUGUAGGUCUACUUCCUAAUAGGUGUCAUUAUCUAUAAAGCCCUUUGUGUCUGGUUUAAAUUGAUCUGAAAAUAUUGAUAUUUCCAAUAAAAUAAAAGUUAUAGAACUAAACAUUGAUAGAUAGAUAGAUACUUUAUUGUCAUUGCACAUGUCACAAGUACAGAGCAACAAAAAGACCAUCCCGUCCAAGAAACAUAAAAGACAGUGUGGGGAGAUAGGACGGAGAGACCGUCAGGGCUCCCUCGUUAGAUAAGAUAAAGGUAAACAAGAGGGUAAACGAGGGGGAAAAAAAGUUAAUUCCCAAACUAUGCUCCUGUGUGUGUGCGUGCGUGCGUGUGUGCAUGCGUGCGUGUGUGAGUGUGUGUGUGUUGAGUGGGUUGCUCAAAUCCAAUCUCUCUCAACUACAAUUUUCGACUAUGGCAAGCCGAUUUGACGUAAAUUCGCUAAAUAUAUGCGAUAUGCGUUGCAGAUAACUGCAAUGCUGUUUCGCCUAGUCAAAAAUAACAUUUCGCAUAUCCGCAACUAUAUUCCUCCUAUCCACAAUUGUCAUUUCAGAUAUCCAGCAAAUUCCUCCUAGGAGAAUUGACGUCAUUUUUGCCAUUCAUCAUGUCUAUGGGGUUUCUCAUUGCAGAUAUCUACAAUUCAGUUGCGGAUAUCCACUUUGUAUUUACGGAUAUCUGCAGCUGAAUUGUAGAUAUCUGUAAUUCCAGUUUGAGAUAUCUACAAUUUGAUUCUGACUAGCUAUAAUUCAUACUUUGCAGUCACGUGACUACCAUGGCCAAAAAACGCAGGCAAAAUGGCGACGAAUAGCGGCCAGCCAGGGGAAUUGCAGCCUUGCAGAUUUCCAAUAGGCCUACUACAAUCAAUCAACUAUUUAGACCAUAAAUGUUCAAAUUAGAUAUCAAGAAAAGUUAAAAACAUACUCGGAACUUGUGAUCCAUACACAGCACCCGCUGAGGUGUUCAUUGCUUUGAAGUUGGCAAUGUCUCGACCAGACUUGGAGUUUGGAGAUAUUUACAUUUAUCUAAUAGAGAGUCUGUCACCUUAUACCGCACAAAAAAAUAAAAGCCUUCAAAAGUA